AUGUUGACAUUGAGGCUCAUUAGUGAGUGCUCUGCCGGUAAUAGCCUAGUCCGUUCAAUGACUCCACAACAGUCCGACUAUUUGCUCAUGGCCGACGUCAAAGGGGAAACCUUAAUUGCACAUCUGUUAAUUAGUUCUAACAUCGGCCCAAGAUUGCUCUCAGGAUGUUCACUUUCUAUUUGUACGCUCUCUUACAAAUAUGUUGUCGAGCUGUCCAAUUUCGGGUGUCAAGAAGUGAUCUACUCCAUCGAGUCGUCUAGCUUUUGGUCUCCAGGUGUGCGGAUCCGAUGUUGGUCUAAGUUAUUUUGGUAUCUCAGUGUUGUUCAUUCUUUAAGCAUGGUUGGUUCGAAAAAAUCUCUCAAGUUGAACAAACUUCACCUCGCCCUUGUUUCUUCACCAUUCAUAAAGCUAUUGACGAUGCGCCUUCGCCUAGCGUCUUCCCUCCAGAUAGGACCGUAG